GCAGCCGCUCGGUCGCGGUAGCAUCGCCAGUCUCCCGGGUCACCGGCAGCAGCGGCCCCAGGGGGGAGGGCGGCGGCGGCGGCGUCGGCAAUCGUCCUCGGGCGGAGAGCGCAGCGCACCUCCGGCAGGGUGGCCAAGAUGCAGCCCGUGUACCAGGACGCCAAACCCAACCCUUUGCAAAACGCUAAUCUUUGCUCCCGUAUAUUCUUUUGGUGGCUAAAUCCCUUAUUUCAAAUUGGUCAUAAACGGAGAUUAGAAGAAGAUGAUAUGUAUUCAGUACUUCCUGAGGAUCGUUCAAAAGCACUUGGAGAAGAAUUGCAGGGGUACUGGGAUAAAGAAGUUCUAAGAGCAGAAAAAGAAGGCAGAAAGCCUUCUUUAACCAAAGCAAUCAUAAAGUGUUACUGGAAAUCCUAUUUAAUUUUGGGUAUUUUUACCCUGAUUGAGGAAAGCACCAAAGUAGUGCAACCAAUAUUUUUGGGGAAAAUUAUUGAAUAUUUUGAACACUCUGACUCCCCUAACAAUGUAUCUUUGAAUUGGGCCUAUGGCUAUGCUGCUGCUUUGUCCUUCUGUACUCUAAUUUUGGCCAUAUUGCAUCAUCUAUAUUUUUAUCAUGUACAGUGUUCAGGAAUGAAACUUCGAGUAGCCAUGUGCCAUAUGAUUUAUCGGAAGUCACUUCGUCUUAGUAAUGCUGCCAUGGGAAAAACAACUACAGGUCAAAUAGUGAAUCUUCUCUCCAAUGAUGUGAACAAGUUUGAUCAGGUGACAAUAUUCUUGCACUUUUUAUGGGCUGGUCCACUUCAGGCCAUAGCAGUUACUGUCCUUCUCUGGCUAGAAAUAGGAGUAUCAUGUCUUGCGGGAAUGGCAGUCCUGCUGAUCCUCCUGCCUUUACAAAGCUGCGUUGGGAGACUGUUUUCCUCCUUAAGGAGCCAGACUGCUGCUUUCACAGAUGUCAGAAUUAGAACCAUGAAUGAAGUUAUAAUGGGCAUAAGAAUAAUAAAAAUGUAUGCCUGGGAAAAGCCAUUUGCAGAGCUUAUUACACAUCUCAGAAGGAAGGAAAUUUCCAAGAUUCUUAAAAGUUCCUACCUCAGAGGAAUGAAUUUGGCAUCCUUCUUUGUUGCAAGCAAAAUAAUUGUAUUUGUUACUUUUACCACUUAUGCACUCCUUGGAAAUACUAUCACGGCCAGUCGAGUAUUUGUUGCUGUGACGUUAUAUGGUGCAGUGAGGUUGACUGUUACACUGUUCUUUCCAGCCGCCAUUGAGAAAAUGUCAGAAGCCCUUAUCAGCAUAAAAAGAAUUCAGAAAUUCUUAAUACUUGAUGAAGUAUCCCAUUCCAACAUACAGCUACUGAAGGGAAAAGCUCUAGUCCAUAUUCAAGACUUUACUGGUUAUUGGGAUAAGGCAUCAGAAAUCCCAACUCUCCAAAACCUUUCCUUUACUGUUCGGCCAAGGGAAUUGUUGGCUGUGGUUGGACCUGUGGGAGCUGGCAAAUCUUCUCUGUUAAGUGCUGUGCUUGGUGAACUGCCGAGACAUAAUGGUUUGGUCACUGUAAGAGGAAAAAUUGCCUAUGUUUCUCAGCAACCCUGGGUAUUUUCAGGAACUGUUCGAAGUAAUAUUUUAUUUGGGAAAACCUAUGAAAAGGAAAAAUAUGACAAAGUAAUAAAAGCUUGUGCUCUAAAAAAGGAUUUACAGCUUUUAGAAGAUGGUGACUUAACUGUGAUAGGUGAUCGGGGGACUACACUAAGUGGAGGACAGAAAGCUAGAAUAAAUCUAGCAAGAGCAGUUUAUCAAGAUGCAGAUAUCUAUCUCCUUGAUGAUCCUCUCAGUGCAGUGGAUGCAGAAGUUGGAAGGCAUUUAUUUGAACACUGCAUUUGCCAAACCUUGCAUGAGAAGAUCACCAUUUUGGUUACUCAUCAGUUACAAUACCUCAAAGCUGCAUCCCAGAUUGUGAUACUAAAAGAUGGGAAUGUGAUGGAAAAAGGUACUUACACUGAGUUCCAAAAAUCUGGAAUAGAUUUUGGUUCACUCUUAAAGAAAGAAAAUGAAGAAGUAGAUCAAUCUCAAAUACCAGAAGUUCCCAUCCUGAGGGAUCGCUCCUUCUCAGAGUCUUCUGUGUGGUCCCAACAAUCUUCCAAGCAUUCAUUGAAAGAAGGCCCGGCUGAGCCACUAGCGACUGAGGAUAUACCUGUUGCCCUUCCUGAAGAGCAUCGUACUGAAGGAACAAUAAGUUUUAAGUCCUACCGGAAUUAUUUUGCAGCUGGAGCGAGUUGCUUUAUCAUUGUUUUGCUUGUACUUCUAAACAUUUUGGCACAGGUUGCAUAUAUCCUCCAGGAUUGGUGGCUUUCUUACUGGGCAAAUGAACAGAACAAAUUGAAUGUCACUGUAAAUGGAAUCAAAGGAAAUGAAACCAAGGAGCUAGAUCUUAACUGGUAUUUAGGAAUUUAUGCAGGAUUAACGGCAGCUACAGUUCUCUUUGGAAUAGGAAGAUGUCUUUUGAUGUUCUACGUUCUUGUGACUGCUUCACAAAAUUUACACAACAAAAUGUUUGAAUCCAUUUUGAAAGCACCAAUAUUGUUCUUUGAUAGAAAUCCAAUUGGAAGAAUUUUAAACCGCUUCUCCAAAGACAUUGGCCAUCUGGAUGACUUACUGCCACUAACAUUUCUGGACUUCAUACAGACACUUCUACAAGUAAUUGCUGUGGUAGCUGUGGCUAUAGCUGUGAUCCCAUGGAUUGCAAUCCCUUUAAUUCCUCUUGCUAUUAUUUUCAUUUUUCUUCGACGCUACUUCUUAGAAACUUCAAGAGAUGUGAAACGUCUGGAGUCUACAACUCGGAGCCCAGUAUUUUCCCACUUGUCAUCUUCUCUUCAAGGGCUUUGGACCAUCCGGGCAUACAGAGCUGAGCAAAGAUUCCAGGAAUUAUUUGAUGCUCAUCAGGAUCUUCAUUCAGAGGCUUGGUUCUUAUUUUUGACGACGUCCCGAUGGUUUGCUGUGCGUCUGGACGCCAUCUGUGCCAUCUUUGUUAUAGUCACUGCCUUUGGUUCCCUGAUUCUAGCCCAAACUCUGAAUGCUGGGCAAGUUGGGUUGGCAUUGUCCUAUGCCAUCACUCUCAUGGGAAUGUUUCAGUGGGGAGUUAGACAAAGUGCCGAAGUUGAAAAUAUGAUGAUAUCUGCAGAAAGAGUAAUUGAAUAUACAGAUCUUGAAAAAGAAGCCCCAUGGGAAUCCAAAAAACCACCACCACCAAACUGGCCACACGAAGGAAUGAUCGUCUUUGAUAAUGUUAAUUUCACUUAUAGUUUGGAUGGACCUGUGAUACUGAAGCACUUGACUGCACUCAUUAAAUCAAAAGAAAAAGUUGGAAUUGUGGGACGAACAGGAGCUGGAAAAAGUUCCCUCAUUGCUGCACUUUUUCGACUGUCAGAACCUGAAGGUAAAAUCUGGAUUGAUAAGAUUAUGACAACUGAAAUAGGACUUCAUGAUUUACGGAAGAAGAUGUCAAUUAUACCUCAGGAACCUGUUUUAUUCACUGGAACAAUGAGAAAAAAUUUGGAUCCUUUCAAUGAGUACACAGAUGAAGAAUUGUGGAAUGCCUUGAAAGAGGUACAGCUUAAAGAAGCUAUAGAAGAUCUUCCAGGCAAAAUGGAUACUGAGUUGGCAGAAGCAGGAUCCAAUUUUAGUGUGGGACAAAGACAGUUGGUUUGCCUAGCCCGGGCUAUUCUCAGAAAAAACCGAAUAUUGAUUAUCGAUGAAGCAACAGCCAAUGUGGAUCCAAGGACAGAUGAAUUAAUACAGAAGACAAUUCGUGAGAAGUUUGACCAAUGCACUGUCCUGACCAUUGCACACAGAUUAAACACCAUUAUCGAUAGUGACAAGAUAAUGGUUUUGGAUGCAGGAAGAUUGAAAGAAUAUGAUGAGCCAUAUGUUUUGCUCCAAAAUAAAGAAAGCCUGUUUUAUAAGAUGGUGCAGCAAACAGGCAAGGCUGAAGCCACCGUCCUCACUGAAACAGCAAAACAGGUGUACUUCAGAAGAAAUUAUCCAGAAGUUACUCAAAAUGGUUACGUAGUCACGAACACUUCAAAUGAACAGUCCUCAGGUCUAAUUGUUUUUGAGACAGCACUGUGAACUCAGAAGAAUGAAAAUGUUAUGUCCAGAUCAUUAAACUCUAAUGGGAUCCUCUUAGAACAGAUGGACAACUUUUAACAGUGAUUUUUGCACUAUAUGACUAGAUUGUAUUUUUGUUAUUCUUAACAUAAAAACAUAUUUAUGUACCAUAUGUUGUUUAUACAAAUAUUUUCUAGUUUCAUCAAAUAAUUUUAAGUGCUAAUGAAGCAAGAUUAUUUCUCAUUUUUAUUUAAAGGCUGUUUUUUGAUGUGUUUUUCCCCCUUUGAUUGUUGUGGUUUGUUUUUUAACCAAAUCAAAGGGGACAAGACAUAAAUAAAAGAAGGCAACCAGGUGAUGUGCCCUCACAGACUUCAAACCAAAGCUAAUGUAGGUAUAUAAGGAAUCAUUCGUACUUAGAUAUACUUUUGAACUUUUUAAAAUGCGCAUAUUGUUUUCAAAUAGCAUCAGGGAUUCUAUAACUUGAAUGAUAUGUGAAGUUGCCACUUGAAGUCUCACCUUUUCUCUUUGAUGUUUGUAGGUUAGUAUGUUUUAAAUGUCCCUAUAUAAAGUAGUCCAGAGCGUGGAAGAAAAUGUAACAGAUAUAAUUCAUGCUUUAGAAGCACUUUGGACACAUAUGGCAAAGACAGAAAUUUUAGCUUUAGUUUUGAAGCUCAAGAGGCAAUGUCAAAAUAUUGGGAGAGGCUAGGUUUUUUAAAUAAUUUUUCUUGACAGAAUGAGGGAGACUAAUGUAAGCUUUCUUAAAUUGGGUAUCCACUUAUCUAAUCUCAGAGAACAUAGACAUAUAUUCAUUGUAACCAUUCAUCUUUUAGAUUUAUCUUAACUAUACAGGGAUUAGCAAGGGUGGGGAAACGUUUAUCAGUUUUGCACUGAACACGGUGAAAAUUUUUUAAAAGAUACACACUAAUCCUCAAUUAACUGGAAUGCUUGGGGAAUGAAAAAUGUCCUUAGGACAUGUCAUGGAGAUUAUGUCCUUUAAUGAGUUUUUUCUUACGGUUUUGUCUAUUUUUAGUGAAUGAAUGAAGAAUUCAUAGAGGCUAUGACCGCUGAGCAGAAUAGUUUUCCUGCCCUCUUUUCUUCUGGCCUCCUUACUUGCUGCUCCUAAUUUGAGCUUCCUUUCUCUUUCUUCAUUUGGUCACUUUCCUUUUUUUCUAUCCUUCCUUGUUGAUACUCAGUCCUUUUUCCUUCCCUUUCCACCCCCUCCAUCCCCUAAGAUUACUUAAUUUUGGUCAUCCUUCAGUUAAAGUGCCUUGGACUUCAGGUCUUCUACAGCUCCUUUUACAGCUCCUUUCUUGAGUAUAUUUGCUUUUUGAAUAGGUCUCGUGGUUGUGGAGUCUACAUGUGACUUGUACCAUCACAAAAAAAGUAGUAGCUAGUUGAAGUUCUAAUUAAUUGGGUUCCAAUUAAUCCAAAUUUUUUACUAUAAUAGUAAAAUAUGUUUUCAAGACCUUCUUGAUUUCCUUAAUAUAUAACUUCCCCAAAAUUGCAUAUAAGCUUUUUUUUUUUUAAGGACCUUGGGGAUAUAACUAGAUGGAGCGGACUUUUAUAUAUAUAUACACACACAUACAUCCACAAAAACAUCUAUAUUUUUUAAAAACAGCAAAUUUUGUAGGUAUCUCCACAGAAACCACAGACUUUGUGGCAUUAAGCCUUAAAAGAGUAGACUAUGCAAACAGAUUCAACUAGUAACCACUCAUUGGUUUAGUGUUUAUAGUUUCAAUAUUUAUUUUUAGUCAUGUAAAUAAAACAACAUUAUAGUCAUUCAUUUUUGUUUUGGGUAAAUUGAAAUAGCUAUAAUGUUGAUGACAAUGGUUAAAAACAAUAGAAGGCAUUUAAAAUGUAUCUGUGUUUAUCUUGCGUAUAGAAGGUAACAAGUAGUUACACAAAUAUAUUAUUCUUUCUUGUUUUAGCCUCAUUGUCUUAGCACUUUUUAAAAUGAAACAUUUAAAUAUAAUUGAAAUAAAUUGCAAUUUUAAACUCUAUUGAGUUCCCUAUUUUUUUUUGUAAAAAAAAGUACUAUUUCUUGAGUUUUUUCUCCCUAAAUAUCUUCUUUUUUCUUCCCUCCUCUUUCUUCCUUCCUUCCCUCCUCUUCUUUCCUGUCUUCUCUCCUCUAUUUUUUCCCCUCCCUCUCUUUUUUUCUCUUUUUGUUUCUUUCUUUAUCAUAAAUAUCAUGAGUGUAGAAUGGAUGAGACCUGGCAUCUUAACUGAUAUGAAGAGUGACAGUGAAGAAUUGAGGGUGACUUCUGGAUUAUGAACCUGGAUAACUUAAAAAGCUUAUGGUAUCAGACAGCUAGGUGACACAGUGGACAGAGCAUCAGCCCUGAAGUCAGGAGGACCUGAGUUCAAAUCUGAUCUCAGAUACUUAACACUUCCUAACUGUGUGACCCUGGGCAAGUCACUUAACCCCACUUGCCUCAGCAAAAACAAAAAGCUUAUGGUGUCCUCAACAGAAGUAUUGGCUGAGAAAGAUAAUGAGAUCUUUUUUGAAGUAUAUUUGUGACAAUCACUUAAUAGAAAUCUUAUAGACAGGUGGUAAUAAUGAACUAGAAUUCAGUUUCUUGCUCAUUUUGUUUCUUUUUUUUUUUUUUUUCCUUUGGUAUUUCCUCGUUUUUUACUUUUAUGCUCCUGGGAUAAAGGGAUUGCUGUCCCAAGCUCCUUGUGUAGCUAACUCUGAGCCUUGGCUUUGAGCACAGGGGCCCCUCAUGUUUGCAGGGAAAACAGCCUGGGUUUCCAAAAUUUGCCUUCUGAGUGGGGACUGGAAGCUGCCCCCUCCUGCUGUGCUUCUUUACCGAGCCAGGACUGAGGGUCUUAAUUGCUGAUUUGCUGUGAUUAUGACUUUCUCAGGGGCUUUCCCAGAUUCUGAGCUGGACAAACACACUUUUCUCCCCAAUGAGACUGACCUUUCAUCAAGUUUUUCCAGUCUACCUUGAGCUAGAGAGUUGUUUCAUUCAGCCAGACUCAGUUCAGAGGCUGUUUUAUGUGGCUUUCUAGGGAACCUGAGAGAGCUCAAGCAGCUUCCUGACUUUACUCCUGCAUCAUGUCUCCACCUGGAUUGGGAUCCUGAAAGGUGAGGGUUGAAUUAGAUAGGGAUCUGGAAGUAAUAUUGAGAAGAAAGAUAACUAAAACCUCAGAGUUGAUUGGAUCAUCAAGAAAGUAAAUGUGGAAAUGGAAGAGAAGAGGGUUUAAGACAGUGCUUUGAGGUAUACCCAUACGUAGAAAGGAUUAGCACAUAAAUGUGGCUGCAGUUCAAAGGAAAACCCAAGCCACAAUUAUGUCAUGAAAACUAAGAGAGUAAAGAGGCAGAGAGAAUAGUCAAAUAUCAAAUCCUGCAAAAAUAUCAAGAAGAGUAAAUGACCUUUGGAUUCAGCAAUUAUGAACUCAAUAUCCUUGAAGUGAAGUUUCAAGAGAAUGUGAUAAAGUGGAAAGCCUUAUUGCAACAUAUGAUGAGCUCAGAUAGCUUUUUUCCAGGAAUUUGGCUCUGAAAAGAAAGAGGUGGGACAGUAAUAGUUUGAGAGGAAGAUAGGAUGAAGUGAAAAUGUUAAGGGAAAAGGUCUAAAUAUAUUUUUAAGCAAUUAGAGUGAAUUAAGUGUAGCAAGAUCCUUAAAGAGACCGGAAUAACUAGAAGUACCCAAAGAGUAUACAUUAUCAAAGAGAAUGACCACUAAAAUUAGAGCAAAAGAUGAUAGAGUUGGGGAUGAUUUUAAGUUGAUUUCAUAUGACUUCAGGCCAGAGCAAAUUUAAAUUACAUGAUGUAGCCUGCUGAUAUUCUCCAGCUAACUGUUCUCAGAUGACGAUGUGAAUUUUACCAUAAACUAGUUUCUAUUUGUAUAUUAGUAUAGAUACAAAUAUAAACAUUUCACUUGUGUGCUUUUCUAUAGAU